AUGAACACAUUGUUUUUUUCCUUAGAUGUGGCUGUUCUUGGGUGCUAUCACUCAGAGAGAGGGGCAGUGAGUGGCCAGCAGUUACUGCAGGACAUUGCUGUCAUUGGCUACCAGCUACUGCAGGACAGUGCUAUCAUUGGCUACCAAUUACUGCAGGACAGUGCUGUUAUUGGCUACCAGUUACUGCAGGACAGUGCUGUCAUUGGCUACCAGUUACUGCAGGACAUUGCUGUCAUUGGCUCCCAGUUACUGCAGGACAGUGCUGUCAUUGGCUACCAGUUUCUGCAGGACAGUGCUGUCAUUGGCUACCAGUUACUGCAGGACAGUGCUGUCACAUGA